CUAAAGUGAACAGACCUUAAAUCGUAUUGAUGUGUGAUGUGUACAAGUCUGUACAGAUGCCGUUAGGCAUAUUGUUGAUGAAAUGGGUACAGAAAAUAAAUUGAACAACGAAGUUAGAAAACCAACGCAUACUACAAAUAAGUUCACGGCGUUGAAGCGUGAUCAAAACACAGAUAAUCCUUGUUACCAGGAGCAACUCUUGUCUCUAAAAUGUCUUGAUUUACACCAAGAUAAUCGCAAUGAAUGUAAAAUAUAUUUUACCAAUUACAACAACUGCAGCAAAUUUUGGGCCACUGUAUGGCGUGACCGCAAAUUAAAAGAUAUUAAACCAUAUUUGCCACCUGUGGAGGAACGUGCAAAGAUAAAGGCUGACUAUCUAAAUUUUAGAUAAUAAUAGAUACAUAUAUAAAAGCCUUACUUUGUAAAAAUAUCUUUUAUUCUAUGUUACUUUAGAUAUAUUUUAGAUCUUUGGAUAUAUCGCUGUCUCAAUAAUACACUGGAACAUAUUGUAUAUAUAAUGUAACAAAGCAUUGUCUGAGAACUUAUUACAUCCAUUCGAAAAAAAAUUGACUGUGUUUACUAAAUAAAUGUUGCUUUCUGAGCUCUACCUGCAAUUUAUAUUUAUAUUAUAAAUGUAUUAUAUUUUACAUAUAUUGAAGAGUAUUUUUCAAGUUACUUUAUAUCUACAACUGUAACCAAAGAUCUGUUUUCAAGUAACCACAGAACAAAAAAAUUAUUAUCAAUUAUAUUCCAAUAUUUAAUUCCUUAUCGGAAACAUCCGUCGCAAUUUAUCGUACACAAAUCAUUCGAGAUACUUGAUAGUACGCAAAUAUCUCACUGACACGACAUAGACUGACACAACACGCGCGCGCGCGCACAUAUACACACACCAUCUUUCUAUGAUAUACGUGUCAUUAGCUCCCGCUUAAAUGCGACUUGAGGUUCUUAAAAACAACUCGACGAUUAUAAAACGAGUAUAAACGCGUGCGUAACAAUUUAUACAGGUUCCAAUUAUUGUCAAAGAAAUGAAGAGAGAAAGAAGGAAUGACAAAAAUAAAAUAGUUAUUACGCUAAUAAUAUAUUAAUAACGUCCGAGGGACGAUACAUGUUAAAAACGAAGAGGUGCAUUUAUAGCUUAUCGCUCGACAAAUUUUCGGCAGCGUUCAAAGAAAAAGUAUUUGUACACACAUAGUCCAAUUUUAAAUCAAAUAAACACGAUGAAAGCGCUUUAAAUAUCACUUAAAGAUCCAUAUACAAGCGAUCUCAGUACAAAUAUUAUUUAAACAUCUGUUCGUUUUAGUUGUGCUUCUUAUAUUUCACUUUACUAGUAUCUGCAAUUUAGACUUUUAGGUCCAUAUUAAAAAUCGGAUCUUAUAUCAAAGACUGAGUCUCGAGUUAAUCUUCAGACGUUGUACAGCUCAUUUCAUUAGUUACGAAAUAUCUUAAGAUGAACUUGAGACAAUCAUAAAUAUAAGAUUCGACUAUUAAUGCGGACCCUUCUUAUCCUUUGUUGAUUCUCUACAUAUUGUUUUUUUUCUCUUUCUUUUACCUGAAUAUACAUCUAUUCAUAAAUGUACAGUAAUGUAAUAAAUUAUCGUCGUAAAUUAUGUAUCAAUAUUACACUGCUCGAGAAAUAAUUAGAGAAAUAAUAUAACCAAGUAUAACUAUAAUUAAUAUAUAAUUAACAUGUAAUAAUGUAAA